UAAAGUGAUGAUUUUAAUGAUGAAAAAGUUAACAAUUAAUCAACUUGUUAACUAGAUAAACAAACAAUUAAUUGAUUGCCAAGUGUUAUUGGAAUGACAAUUUUACCAUAAUUAACACUGAAACCGUUUAGUUAAUAAUGAUUGAAUCCACACUUUUUGAUUGUUGUUCUGAUUAAUUUAAUUGGUGUUUUUGUUUUGAUUAUCAGAGUUAAUUAUGGUAAUUAUCUUAACUACAACUUGUGACACUGAAUUAACGGCAAUGUCAACUGCAAUUCCCUUCAAAGACUUGGUCAGAAAGUACCAAUUAAAAUGGACGAUGUCCGACAAAGAGAUAAUUGUUAGAAAUGGUCGAUUUGAUUAUCUAAUCCGAUUACCUCCUAAUAAAGUGUUGAUCUCAUUUGUUGAUGACCAAACUGUUUUCACCAGACUGACCAUGUUUGAUGAGGAUAACGGUAAAUGUACAACAAUUUGGACAAUUUGGUGAACACAAUCAACUAAUUGCUCGUUGACAAAACUUUAAAGACCUGCGACUCACUCAACCUUCAACUUAAUCAUUUCGUUUGCUAAUUGUGUAUUUAUCUCUUGAUUGCAAUUAACUAUUCUCAUUGUCUGAUUGUGAUCAAUUUCCAAGUUCUGUAUAAAUCCAGCAAUUAGUUGAUCAUCACAUCAAAUUGUAAUUAUUUUCUUCAUAUUCCCAAUCAACUAAAUCAAUCUUCUCGUUGAUUAAACAAAAAAUCAAUUCUCAUCAAUAGUAUUGAUUGUGAUUCUCAGGUAAUAAUUAUUAGCAAGAAAAUGGAAAUUUUUUUUUAAUUGUUACAAUCAAAUUAACCUCUUUUAUUAAUAAGAGUUAUAUUAUUAAAUGUAAUACAUUUGUAAAAUUUAAUGAUUAUUGUGAAUUAAUUAAUUAAAAGUGAACAUGAAAUGUUAGUUGUUUUUGUUUUAUAAUUUUAAUUGUUUUCCACUUGAAACAAUUAGCGAUUCCAACAAAAUGAAUUCAACUCACGAAAAGAGAUUAAUUAAUUGUUAACAUUUCUAAAUAAACUAAAUGAACAAAUAUUGUUAUGAUUAUCUACUAAAUUAGUAAAUCAAUUGAUUCUCUAAACAAUUAAUCAAAGAAAAACAAAAUUCUAACCAUUUAACCAGCGAAUCUCAUCUUGUAUUUACCCAGUUUUUAAUUGUUGGCGUUUCGAUUGUGAUUACAAGUGAAAAUUAGAAAUUUAAUCAAACACAAUUAACAAUUAAAGAUGAAAUUUAAAUUCCCUUACAAUUUUGUUUACAAUCAGAAAGUUGAACGAGAACAAAACUUUGAACGUUUCAUUUCAAGUUUAACACCAAUUUACUCAUCGACGGGAGGAAUUAGUAAAUUAUCAUCGAUAAGCAUUUUAUUGAUUUUCUAUGCAAUCGGAUCAAUUAAACAAAUUGUUUGUCUAUUUGCCAACACCAAUGACGAAACCUUAAUCCUACUUGGUGAUCCAUUUCAACCCUUUGGCGAUAAUCGUUUUUUUCUUGGCAUUUUAAUCGCUGGUUGGAUUGUCCUUUGUUUCAUCAAUUUCCUCGCCGAUACUUAUAAUCGUAACAAUCGAUCAACCAUUUUCUGGUCUAAACAAAUGUGCUCACUAUUUGCCGAUUAUCCAUUAGCCUCGUCGAUUGUUGAUCGUGUCCAUCAUUUAGGGUACGAUGAAUAUAAUGAUGUUUGUGAAAAGUUUCGCCUCGUAAUCAGAUACGCUCGAUUCACCUCGAUAAUGUCAAUCCUUUCAGCUUGUGGCUACAUGACACCAACUUGGUUAGCUAAUCCCGAUUAUUGGCUAAUCCAUUUAAAUUGGACAUUAUUUUAUGUCAUCGCUGGAACCAUUUCAAUAUUAAGAUUAAUCAUCUAUCCAUGUAUCUUUCUAAUCUGUGUUUACACCUUUAAUUACAAGUUGACCCACAUUUUGUACCUCUUAAGAUUAACGCUCUGGCAAAGAUUGAUGGUAAUACCUUGAUUCCUGUAAGAGAGACAAACACAAUUAGUGAUAUGAAAAUUAUGGCCAAAUUGUAUAAGGAGAUGUUCAUUUAUAAUCAGUACUGGUCAGUUGUCAAUGGUUUUGGUCAUUGUAUGAGUUUCAUGAUUAACUCUUACAUUCUUUAUCCAAUUUUCUUUAUCCCAUCAACGGUCAUCACUCGACUCAUUUACGUUUACUGGACAAUCCUUUGUCUUUUCUGGUUCGCAUUUCCUUAUUUAACAGUUUCUUAUAUGAAUUUUAAGAUUUCCAGGGUCAAUAGAAGGAUUUUCUCCAAGAUUAAGGAUUUGGCUAAUCCAUUUGAAGGUAUUCGUUUGAUGGUAACGAUGGAGCAUAUUAGUGAAUUUAAAGGUUUCUCAAUAUUCACUUUUCAUGAGCCAUCUUAUAUUAGCUUUGUUUUUCAAUCGUUGGAUUUGAUCACAUACUUUUGCCUUUUUAUACAAAAUCUUGGGUAUACUCAUAGUGCUGGUUAAUAGUUACAUCUUUUUGGUGGCCCACAGCAAUUUAGAUCAAUUUUCUUGUGAUUAUUGGUUAAUUGUUUGAUGGAAAAGAGGAAAAUUUUUCAUGACGAUGGAACAAUUUAAUUGAUUUGAUUACAAAAACACUUUGUUAGUUUCUCUCUCUCUUUCCUUGUCUUUUUGUGAUUAUGUUUCUAAUCUUGAUGAUUUAUGAUUUAUAUUUUGAUGAAUAGGUAAUUAGUGAUGAUAAAAAUAAUUCUUCAUGUUAUUUAAUUGUUGUUAUUUGAUUUCUUUUCAUUUUCAAAUUUCUCGAACUCUUCCUUUGCUAUUUUAUCAGUAAUAUCUUCAACCUAAAUGAGAUUAAAAAGAGACAAAAUUGAUCUUGUUAGUAAAAACAAUCAAAGAUAAAUUGUCAAGAGUAAAUUGUUAAUUGUGUUAAUUAAUUACCUGUUCAACACCAAGUACUUCGGGUAUAUAAAAUUGUAACAUGUUUUGGACUCCAUUUUUAAGAGUGACCACUGAGCUUGGACAUGAAUUACAAGCUCCUUGGAGUUUUAAUUUAACAAUUCCUUCUUGAAAACC